UAUUUAAAAUUAUAUCUAAAGUUCUACAAACAAAGUGCAAGAAAAAUUACCGAAAGACCUAAAUAAAAAAAAUAAAAAAUGUAAUUAAUUUUGGGAUAGGAGGAGUACCAGUGAAAAUAAUAUAGGGAGUUGUAAAAUAUCCAAAUAGAAGGGGGGAGGUUGGAGAUGCUCUAGCACGACUAUACCAAUUGUAACCGCGUGCGAGUAAUGGGAAGCAACAUCCUUACGGUUUUCUUCUUGCUUUUGGGGUCUGGGGAUAAAUCCACUAGAUUUUCGCUUCGAUGCAAGUAGCGCCCCUGCCGGAUUCUUAGGGGCGGUUUACCUGUAAACCUUUACAAGAUGGUCAUGGUCCUAGUGCAUGUUCUUGGGGAAAAGUCAAAGAAUGGUUAAGAAAGGUGAUUUAGUUCUUAUUGGUGUAUUUGCUGGUGUGGUUGUUGGAAUUCUUAUUGCAGCACUUGUAUUGUUUGGUAUUCAUUGGUAUAAAUUGCGAGCCCGCCACCGUAGAUGUGCAAAUGAGCAAUGUCAAACAACUGUUCCAAUACGAACAAAUGGCAUUGAUACGAGCAUUGAGUCUAGUGCUUCUAUAAACAAUCGUGGGCCACAAUACAUUGUGAAGGGUUCUCAUAGUAGUAGCUGGUGGAGUCGCCCCACUAAGGAUAAGUUUACUUCAGCAUCAUGCAUACCAAGAUAUUCUUACAAGGACAUUCAGAAAGCUACAGAAAACUUUACAACUGUCCUAGGACAGGGAUCUUUUGGUCCAGUAUACAAAGCGACACUGCCAAAUGGUGGAGUGGUUGCUGUGAAGACUCUUGGUGCCAAUUCUAGACAAGGGGAAAAAGAGUUUCAGACAGAGGUUACACUUCUGGGUAGGCUUCACCACCGUAAUUUGGUGAAUUUACUUGGAUAUUGUGUGGACAAAGGACAACACAUGUUGAUCUAUGAAUUCAUGAGUAAUGGAAGUUUGGAAAAUUAUCUAUACAAUGCAGAACAGGCUUUAAGUUGGGAAGAAAGACUGCAAAUUGCUUUUGAUAUUUCACAUGGCAUCGAAUACCUUCAUGAUGGGGCUGUGCCACCAGUGAUACAUCGGGAUUUGAAGUGUGCUAAUAUUUUGCUAGAUCAUGCUAUGAGAGCUAAGGUUGCUGAUUUUGGGCUCUCAAAGGAAGAGCUGUAUGAUGGCAGUAAUUCAGGUCUUAAAGGCACAUAUGACUACAUAGAUCCUGUCUAUAUAUCAACAAACAAGUUCACCACAAAGAGUGACAUUUAUAGUUUCGGUAUUAUCCUAUUUGAACUUAUUACGGCUAUUCAUCCACAUCAAAACUUGAUGGAAUAUGUCAAACUUGCAUCGAUGAGCCCAGAUGGUAUAGAUGAGAUUGUGGACAAGCAAAUCGUUGGGACAUGUAACCCACAAGAAGUAAGAAAGCUGGCUGCCAUUGCUCACAAAUGUUUGAAGAAAGCUCCCAGAAAACGCCCUUCCAUUGCAGAAAUUUCCCAUGCCAUAUCGAAGGUAAAGCACAAGGGCAUCCUCAGAGAAGAUACUAUGUCUUUUGCCCAAGGUGAUAUUUCAAGAAUGACAAGUAGAAUUGAAAUGCAGCAAGUUGAAAUAGGAAAUAUGGGAAGCUUAAAGGAGAAUGAAGCUAAAUGAAAGUCUUACUUACACCCCAAGUGUUCUCUUUUGCAUUCCUGCUACAGUACCAGGUCAUCCUAUAUAUUCCGUAAAUAAUUAUUCUGUACAGAUUUUAUUUUGCUAACACUUGGCAACUUUUAUAAAAGAAGUUUUUUUACCCGUCAGUUUAUAUUCUUUUUUUGUGUUAGUCAGUGUACUUCAUGUCUUUCCGCUAUGAUCGUUAAUGGCCCGAACCUAUUCAAAAUAGAUCAAAUUUGCCUCU